AUGGCAACGUUUACUGGCCAGCUGCUUAUCACAACCGACAAUGAAAUUCGGUUCUCAAUUGAGGCGCAUCAAUUAGCAGUAACAUCUCUGGAAUGGUUAUCACCAACGUCAAUAAUAUCAGCAUCUCUUGAUGGCACUGUUGUCAUGCAUCUCCUUAAAGCCAAUUCGCUUGAACGGCAGUGUUCCCUAACGAUUCGAGUCAGUGAUUUACCGAGAAAGAUUCGUAAGUCAAAUGCAUCUUCAAGACCUACAGGAAUAACAUCGCUAUGCGUUAUCGACGAUACAGUUCUUGUCGCUAGCGAAACAGGUGCGAUUUGGAGUGUUGGUCUACCUGACUUGACGCGGCUGAUGACAAUCGCUUGUGAGAUGGAGGGUAUUGAGAGGCUUAUGUAUUGCUCACCAUACCUACUCGUUAUCACGCCAUCAGCUAAGGCUAAGCUAUUAACACAAGAUGGCCAACGGGUAAGAGUGCUCGAAUGGGGCUUACAAAUGGCUUGCUGUGAACCAACUGGAGGAUUGCUUUUUUGUGGUAAUAAUGAAGAAAUUAUUUGCUGUGAUAUUAGAAAUGAUGCGCAGCAAUCAACUCAUUAUAACAUACCAACUAUAAUGUUUGCGAUUGACAACGAAAAGCAAUUGAUAAAUGUUGAUCAAACCUUUAAUGUUAAUAUUUAUAAACUCAUCUAUGAAUGA